AUGCAUUCCCCAAUUCAGAACUUUUCGAAUUGUAUGCCAGCAUCCCAAAAUGCUAUUUACUAUCCAACGCCUCUCCGCCAGACCGGAUACGGUAUUCAGACCUCAACAUCACCCGACGUAUGCGCUUUUGAGCAAGAAUAUUCUCCUCUAGCAAGACAGCAAGAGAUGAAGUACGGUUACGAUAGAAUCCAGUCACAAAGUCCUGUGAUGAAUCUGAUGAAAUGCCAAAAUACCUCAGAAGUGCCAGUUUACAAUCCUAAUGACAGGAAAGAAGGAAACAACACUCCUGGACUGAAGCUUAGAUUAAAGCUGAAUUCUAGAUCAAAGGCAUUUGUGAAGAAAGACACCAGUGUUAGGAACUAUCGGAAAGCUUCGUCUGAUACUAAGGCUCACACUGAAGAUGAUGGAAAUUGUUCAGAUUGCUCUGAUAGUAGCUUUAACUCCUCAGCUCCAAACUUGGUUCUUAAGAAAUGCAUGACAACCAACAUUUCAUAUGUGCCAAACAAUGACAACUUGGUGAUCUCCGAAAAUGCUCAGGCUUCUUUAGUGAAGAAAUUCAAGACCGAAUUAUGCAAGAAUUAUCUAGCAGGUGAUUGUAAAUUCGGAUCUAAAUGCUCUUUUGCUCACGGCUAUGAUGAGCUUGCCAAGAGAAGCCUCCCACCAAACUACAAAACUAAAGUUUGCAAGCAGUUUCAUGAGGAAAUGUACUGCUCCUAUGGUGAAAGGUGCCAAUUUAUACACAUUGCCGAUCAAGUUGAAGAGGAAAGCAUGGCUUUAACGAAGGCGAUUUACUCCUCAGUGGGAAUUAUGCCUGCCAAGAAGUCUUCCAAAGGUAGACUAUCGAUAUUUAAAGCAUUAGCUAAUUAA